AUGGCAUUUAGCAUUGAGGUCAUUCCUGCUGCUCCGAGGGGUGCGACUAUAACUAGAAGAGGAGUAUUGACAGUGGCACCCAAAGAAACUUGCACAGAGAAACAACCACUCGAAAAGAGGAUGAAAGUUGGCCGGCUGCCUAUCUCUUUUGAUGAGGAUGAUCUAGAGGGAAUGAUUCAACCGCACGAUGAUGCGUUGAUCCAGGGUAGCUUUGAAGCUCAGGAUUCUCGGAUGAAAGAAUAUUUGCGAGCAGCAAUGCGAAUCAUUAACAAGUUCAGAACGGUGAAGGUGGCCCAAGUCGGCCGGGCACAAAAUAGACACACUGACUCCCUAGCCACGUUAACCUCGUUAAUGACCGAGGAAGUUCCUCGACUUAUUAAAGUAGAGCUUAUAAGGGAGCCAAGUAUUAGUGUGGGAGAUAACUAUAUCUCGACGGGGGUGGAGGUUGCCAUAAUUUCAAUAACAAGGCCGUAUUGGAUGGACCCGAUCAUUGACUUCUUGGCCGAGGAUCGAGUUCCGGACGAUGACAAAGAGGCCAAAAAGAUUCGUCGGGUGGCUUCCCGGUAUUGGCUGUUAGUAGAUCGUAAGUUAUACUGGAGAUCUUUUGGAGAACCGUACCUUUCAUGUUUACACCCCGAGAAAAAAGAUGUAGCUGAAUAUGUGCAGAAAUGUGAACAAUGCCAGAAACACGCUCCCCUGAAUCACCAGCCGGUAGGUCAUUUGAAUCCCAUCAGUAGUCCAUGGCCGUUUGCACAAUGGGGGCUAGAUAUUCUCGGCCCAUUCCCCCGAGCAACAGGUAAUCGCUGGUUCGUGUUGGUGGCAGUUGGUUACUUCAUGAAAUGGGCGGAAGCUGAGGCUUUGGCUAAUAUCCGGGAUGUAGACAUCAAGAAGUAUUCCACUCUGGCGUAUCCGCAGAGCAACGACCAAGCUGAAGCAACUAACAAGACAAUCCUGAAUGGCUUGAAGAGAAGGUUGGAUGGGGCGAAAGGAAGGUGGGCCGAGGAGCUACCUAAUGUUUUGUGGGCUUACCAUACAACCCCCAGAAGGUCCACAAGGGAGAUUCCGUUCUCCUUAACAUAUGGAGCAGAAGCUGUGAUACCGGCCGAGGUGAAUUUGUGCAGUGCACAGGUUGCGGGAUUUGACCCCGCCGAGAAUGAUGAGUUAAUGCUAGAACGCUUGGAUUGGUUGAAAGAGUGCCAAGAAGCAGCAAUAAUACGGCUAGCGAAAUACCAGCAGAAACUUGCCCAACGAUACAAUUGA